UGUUCACUGCAGCUCAUGUUACCCACAGUGGCCGUAGGUUUUAUUUAAUUAUUUCAUUACUUAUUCAUAGAUUGUAACUUUUCUGAACUCACAGGAAUGCCCUUCGACCCAACGUUCAAGCUGAGCUGCGCUGUCUCCAAUGUCAUAUGUUCCAUUGUCUUUGGGAAACGAUAUGACUAUAAAGACAAAAAGUUCCUGUCCCUGAUGAGCCACAUGAACCACAUAUUUGAACUGAGCAACUCCCGCUGGGGACAGUUGUACCAGAUGUUCUCCUACAUCCUGGAUUAUUUGCCGGGCCCACACAAUAAGAUAUUCAUAGAAACUGAUGCCAUAAAAGCAUUUGUUGCAGAGGAGGUGAAGCUGCAUCAAGCCUCCCUGGAUCCCAGUGCCCCUCAGGAUUUCAUCGACUGCUUCCUCAGCAAAAUGCAGGAGGAAAAAGACAAUCCCAAAUCACACUUCCACAUCACAAACCUGAUAACCUCGACGUUCGACUUGUUCCUUGCUGGAACAGAGACAACAAGCACCACUAUACGAUAUGGGCUUCUGCUUCUUCUCAAAUAUCCAAAGAUACAAGAGAAAGUUCAAGAAGAGAUU